AUGCCCAAGCCUGCACGCCUUCACUCUGGCCGCACGCGGUCCUGCGCUGUAUGCUUCGCGCCAUUACAGUACACAUCAGCUACCAGUUGGGACGACUUUCUACAGAGCGAGGAAUAUCUUCGCCAGCUGCAAGCUAACGUCCUGCAGGACGCCUUUAUCUCUUCGCUCAUCUGCGGCGAAAACACAGCAGGUGAUCUGCCUACGGAGCAUCGGAUGCACAAGAACAGAAAGCUCAAAUGUCGUCAGAGUGUGGCAGACUACAGGAACAUGACGGGCGCCGGAGUUGUAGACAAAUCUGGCACGGAGAAAGGAUCCAUCCGGACGCUCGAGGAGAUGCUCAUUGAGGCAUUACCCACUCCAGUCUUCACCCACGUGUUGGAAAGGAGACUAGCUGUGAUCUCUCACAGCACAAACAUAGCCUGUGAGCUUAUGAGUCAUGACGGAGUGAAGAAGAUCCCAAGACCAGUGGAAACAGCCCCAGGGAACGAGGAAUUGCACCAUUUAGCUAUCCACACACUCGGCGCGCUACUGGGGGCGUUCGAUUACAAUAGCCCACAAGCUUUACGGUCUUUUGAAGAGCUGUCACAGCUGUUAACGUGCUUCCCAGUGCUGUCGUUGUUCUCGUUCUGGAGUCCAAUGAAGAAGCCACCGGAUAAAGUGUUGCUGUUUGAUAAAGACAAGGUGGCAGCUUCAUCUGUGACGUCCAGUUCGGACUCGCAUGGAGCUUAUGGUGCAGUAGACGGAGUGGACAAUACCUUCUGGCAGUCCCAACCGAGACCAGGCGCUGUGUACUUUGUGGUGGAGUCGACGGAGCUCGAGAAGGUGACGUCUAUCGCUAUUCAUUGGCACAUGAAGUACGUACCGCAAACUGUCAGCGUGCAGUACCGUACUGAGGGGAGCGACAGUUUUAUUCAGCUGGCAGGAGACCGAAGUGUCUCUCUGUCUAGCCCCACUGUGAUGGAAACAAGCUUCCCACCGUCAUGCCAAGAAGUGCAGAUUGUCAUGACCGGGACGCCGGCUUCGAACCGUAAUGGCACGUACGCGAUUGAGCACUUGCGCUUCAAAAUGCCCGCUCCUGGAUCUCUAUUCGCCGACCCCAAGGCAACAGUUAGUGCUAUUGCGUAUUGGCUUCUGGGUGCACUGGAGAAUGCCGACGAGGUCAUGGCGACAGAAGCCAUUGGCGCUCUUAGAGCUUGGGCGCUGUCAACGUCAUCACUUGAAGUUACGUUGCUGUUCGUGGAUCUGCUGUUGCGCUUCGAUGCCGACCAAGACCCACGACGAUCUAGAAUUGCAACGCUCGCACUGGAGCAAGGACGACUAUUGCUGAAGGGCAUUAACGCAUAUCAUCGGGAAGAAUCCCAGCGAUUGACGCACGAAGGAGACAAGGUCGCUUUUGGAGACGUUCGCAGAGUUGCCGCCGUGUUCGAGUCUUCGGUUUGCUCUACGGGUGUAGUAGUCGAGGAUGGAGGGCUUGUUGUAAGGACGCGGGAAACGAGCUACCAGUACGCAGCUGUGAACUGCGGCAUCUCGUCGGGAAAAGCGUCGUGGAAAUUCCGUCUUGAUACAGACACGCAAGACGAUGAGAUGACAUGCUUUGGAGCUGCUAUACUCCCUGUGACGGUGAACGGUUAUGAUUCGUCCCCCAGUCUUUGGAUGCUUCGAGGGUACAAUGGCAAUCUGUACGCUCGUGGACACAAAUUAAAUCGAACUAUCGGUAAAGUGCAUCCUGGCGACAUAGUUCAAGUCGAUAUUGACUUGAGCGAAGGCACGCUGGCGUACAAGAUCAAUGGAACGGAUUACGGCGUCGUAUUUACGGAUCUAGCUGGCCAUGAAGUACAUCCUGCUGUAUCGUUCUAUGGCUCUGGGAAGGUCAUUACUCUACUUGGAGUCACGAAAUGGGACUGUGCUGGCUCCGGACCAGCUGACGUUGACCCCGUGUUUCUAUCGAGUAUGAGAGAGCACCAUUUCUCUGUUGGAUAUGGAACGUUAGGGAAGGGAAAUCAGUUGGGGUAUGCGAGCAACGGAGACCCCAACACGCUAUCAGGAAAUGCACCUCCUACCGGCAGCACUUCAAUUCACAUCAACGGCGAGGCUAAGCAGCGGUGCUUGUCGACUCACCCACCGUCUCAUGGCGACGCCUACGUGAUAUACGACUUGUCUGAAGCGUAUCAUGCGAUCAAAGGCGCAGUUGCUAUCAACGAUGACACACGCUACGAGAUCCUCCAGAAUCGCGGCGUCUCGGUCGUAUUCAAGAUCGUAGGCGACGAUAAAGUGCUGUGGCAGUCAAAGCAGCUGUCUGAAACGCACCAGAACGAGGCGUUCGAUGUGAACGUGGACGAGGUGCGCAUGCUGGAGCUGCGGGUGUCAUGUUCUGGCUCGAAUCACUGCGCACAUGCUGUCUGGGUCGACCCUUGCUUGCAUCCUAUCGAGGAGUGGGCAUGCUCAAAUUGCUCCUUUGUCAACAGAGGAUUCUCAAAAGCCUGUACGGUCUGCAGAAAGGGGACUCGUGAUGAAAGCUCGACUUCAGAAGACGCGGAAUCUCUCGGAGAUCUCGGCACUGCAAUCAUCAGCCAAAUCUACGAUUUAUACCAACGUCAAUUGGAGCCAUCAAAAGCAUCUUUGAAGCCCUCCAUCCAGUUUGAGGAACCGUUCUGCCGUCAGCCGAACAAGGAAGUAUUUGUCUUACUACUCGCCAUUCUUCAGCGGUAUCAUGCUCAAUGCAGCUCUUCUGGAGAAGAUGUGGAUACACGACUCGUCCGCGACGGCUGUGUGCACAUUCUGGGGAUUAUUAGUGCCAAUUUGGAGAGUAUUGGACGUCAUGACGUGAAGGAUCCCGCGACGGAACUGGGCGUGUCGUCUGACUUGGUUGCCGAUCUACGACAGGAGCUUGAAGCUAUUGCACGUAUUCGCGAAGAAUCUGGAGCGUCAGACGAUAGUUUGACAAGUGAUAUCGACAUGGCGGCGGCGCAGACGAUCGUGGCUGGCAUCACGGUGUUGUAUCCGUCUGCGCUGGAUAAACUGGAGCUGCUACUCCAGCUGCUGCGGCUGUACAUGCAACGCCCACUUGAUGCUACUUCAGCCAGCUACUUCGUCUUAGCAUCGGUGAUGAAGCUACUGGCUGCUCCAGGUCCUGAUGGAAUCCUGACUUUCAUGCCUUUUAUGGCCACCGAGAUUGCUAAGAGCAGAGGAGCGAGUGUCCAGGCUACCGAAGAAGCUCCAUGGCUCGCUGCAGUGACAGAAACCAUAGGGCUCCUCAUGCAGGUCGUGGUGAACGAUCACCGUCGACAACUUGCAAGUGACAAUGACAGCACUUCACACGACCCAACUGCGAAUACCGAUGGGCUAUCCGAUGAGGCUAUCAGUCUGCUGAAGACAUACCAGCUCUACCUGCUCUCAGAGGCUGUAGAGUCGACGAAGACGAAUGCAAUCGAGGACGACCCAGACAGUCCGAGAGACGCGAACGAGUUGAGAGCAAAGCUGCAACGACGAGUUCAAGUCCAGGAAGCAACGACCCAAUUCGGGUUUCUAUCUCUGAACGCGUAUCGAGAUCUGGCUGACAGUAUCGUCGCUUGUCAGGCUGAUGAAUCCUUUCUGCUUAACCAGUCUGCAGCCGCGCGUCAGGCCAGCGUUCGGUCGUAUAAGAUUCCGCUGCUGUCGGAGGUUCUCCCGUGGUUUGUGGCAUGUCUUUGCCUGUUACGACGUCAAACAUGGCUCGCUCGACCGAUACUUCCAGCGGUUGUAAGGCUGCUCGAAGCGCUGGACCACUACUGCUCGGAGUCGCAGAUUGCGAGCAAGUCUGCGCAUCGAUUUCAGCAGUUGGAGUCCCACCAGAAGGCGCGAUUGAUUGAAUCGCACGAGAUGGAGCGUGCUGCUGCGCUUGAAAGAGACCCGAGCUUCCGAUCGCACACAUCCAAGCGGCUGUACAACGUGUUCCAUCAGCUGUACACCGGAGAAAAGGACCAUUUCGAAGGCCAGAUUGGGUUCCAGUUCGAAGCGACCAGUUCGUUUAGCAUCGUCGCAUUGGGUCGCUCUGUCAAUCCUACCAGAAACGGUGGACGACUCACGCGCGAACACACAAUUCGGCUGUGGGAAGAGGGAUCGCAGCUACUUGUUGCUCACGCAAGAGUCGGUGGAAGCUCCAAGAAAGACGCUAUAGGGUAUGCAUUGGAGAUGCUCGCAAGUCCUGCGAGGAUCACACAAGGGAAGCUGUAUCGCUUGACGACUCAGGAGUUCGCGAACGGAGGAGACCCGUGGUACAAGAAAGAGAACCUGCCCGAUGAAGAAUACGACGAGUCCUUCAUCAGGAUCUUGCGCGACUGCUACGCAUCGGGCUCUGUUGGUUUCCCUGGAUCUCAGAACAUGAUGGGAGCUGCGUACGGUGUGCCGACGUUCUUGGUACAGGACGAGACUCCCUUGGCCAGUCUGCCACGGUUUAUCCCUCCGCACGGCUGCUUGCCACUACGAUUCAACACGAACAAGAAGCUGAACUCGGUCUGCAUCAGCCACGCGGGGACUUCAGCUUACGCGAAAGAUGGCGCCGAUACCUGGCGAACUUGUCUGCUGCGAACGGCGUUUCUUCAUGGCGUGCAUUCCGUGGAUUUCGCGCUCAAAUGCUCGCGUGCUGGAGGUACAGUCUCAGGUCAUAUAUGCGUUGGCGUGGAUUGGCGACGGCCGCAGAGCGGGAUCGUGGAGAAUCUAUCGAGCUACGAAACAUUCGUGGGGGAAACACUAACGAGCAUCGGGUGGAUGCCUUCUAUUGGUGCCGUUUGGGUACGAGGGACGCGGUACGACUACGGACCGAAGCUUCCAGUUGCUGCUGGCGAUAUCUUCACUGUUACUAUCGACUACGACUCACAGCUGCUCUCGUUCGCGUACAAUGGCAAGAAUAUUGGAGUGGCUGUCGGGCCUGGGGAGUUCGAGCCGCUUGGAACGAUAAUUGAGGGGCUACCUGAAGUGGUGACGGCUGGUGUGUCACUCUACGGAGCUCAAGAUGUCGUUCACGUUCGUCCGUCGGGAAUUGCGAGGUCAACGCUGUGUAUUCAUUGGCUGUUCGACUUGCACAACUCGCUUGCGUCUCUUGCAGGGCGUAUUGCUAGCACACUUAUCGCUGGCAAUCCUAUUGAUGGCGCAGAGGAAGAACUGUUGCCGUGGCUACAGUCACCUCUGCUGAGUGGAGGCAUCGCUGAGAGUUGUGCUAGUCAAGAUCAAUUCGGUAUGCGCUGGAGUGAUGCCUUACAUGCGGAUUAUGCGCGCUAUCCCUCGAAUGAACAGGCUGCUGGAACUGGAACGUUAGCACAAAAUGUCGAGAACAAUGCUGUGCUGAGGAAGCGUGGCUCUGGUGGACGGCUACAAGCGGAAGCUGUUCGUCAGCACGACUCUGCGUUCUGGGAGAGCUGGACGACGGAUAUGACGGAGCGUGGCAUCGUCCAGCUUAUCAUAUCGUGGCUGGAGAAGCACAGCCCCGAUCGUACCUUCUUGAGUCGACUUGGAAGGUUCCCGUCCUGUGAACGAUGGAUGUGUGCAGCUUUGAUCAUGCACGCUCCGUCGCAUGUCCUCCAAGAAGUUCAAGCGAUCGCUGCAGGAGCUGGCGCUAGUGCUACAGGCGAAGUGGUUGGAGCAGCGUUUUUCCUUGCCCAUGCGGAUCUAACCCCGUCGGACGACCUGAUCCAAGUCUGGAAGCGCAUCAUAAUGCUUCGCCACUGGCUGAUCAAAGAAAGCGUGGUGAUGCCCAGAACGUUCGAUGAUCUUGUGAAGCAGGUGAUCCAACGAGCAGAGUUCCUGUGUAAGCUGGCACCGCCGUCAGAGGAAGCUGAGCGACUCAAAGGAGACUCACAGAUGGCGCUAUUUAAUCUGGCGGAGAAGUGGAGUGCGCAAACAACGCCUCCAUCGCUGCAGCCGAUGCUUGAACGCUGGAAGACUCUAGGAGAAGCGGAUAGUUCGAAGUGGUCGGGGAUUGUGGAUGUGCUGCGUGCUCAACAUCGCUGGAGAGCUCGACGAGCCUCUAUACAUGGACAUGUCGGGCCAGCGACUACUCUCCAGCCUACUGAAAGUGACGACAGCGCAGAUGUCGAGGGCUCCGAGGACCUGGUGAGCAAGAAAUACGACUACACGAACAGUUUUUCAGCCAUGAUGAAGGCAUGCGAGCUGUAUAUCCGUGAUGGGACUGGAGCUCCUCCUGAAGUGCUGUCUCUGUUGCUAGAGAGACGCCAACGACGAUCAGAUUCUCGACUCUUUGGACUUCAAGCGAUGAAGAGCAUCCUAUCGCUGUUGUCUUACGAUUCCGCCAUCCACAACGCUCUGAUAUUCCUCCGCCCUGCCAUGAGAGGGUUCACAGAGAGUGAGAAGGAGUCACGCGAGCUGAACGACGGCCAGAUCGUCGCCGAGACCUUCCGAGCUACCGUCCGUCACCACUAUUUGAAGGGACUGGAAGGCUGCAAUCGCCAGACCAUCGAGAGUGUUCAAAGUGCCUUCUGCGAUCUCUACGGCUACUUGGCGCAGCUGCUCGGUGGGAGCUCGGGCCACUCUGUGUCGGAUCCGCAGCUGAAACAAACGAUUCUUUGUGCCUGGAGUCUGGACUUUGAGCCGCGCGACCAUCAGUUCUUACUUGACACGGGAAUGCUGUCCAAGCUGCAAGAAGUGUUUUCCAUUAGCUCGGUUCUGCGCGAGGCUUACUCGAGCAUCAACUGGCAUCCUUUGUCCGAGGAAUUCGUCCAGCAAGGUCUGCUACGCAGCGGAUAUAUGACGAAACGAGAUAUGAUCCGUCUACUGCAUCGAGCUCCUCACUACGCGUGCUCCGCGGAAUGGUGGAAGAAGAACGAACUUGAUGUGGAGAGUACAACCAAUGCAGUCCCGUUAACUGCUCGCCACACGGCGUCCUCACUGGCUCUACUCUAUUCCGACAUGCUGGGUCGACUGCAACAGAAGUUACUCGGCCCGCCACCUCGUACGCACACUGCGAGAGUACUUCUCUUCGGUGCUAAGGUAGCACCAGUCACUGGACGUGGAGCCCAGGCAUCAUCUAAUCCGAAGCCAGACGAAGUGAGUUACGUCGAGACGCCAGCAUUGGGCGAAGCGAAAGACUUUACUAUCGAGAUGUGGAUAUUCCCGACGGAGCUGACUGGAUGUCAAGCCUUGCGAUGUGAUAAUGGCGUGCACAAUGGCAGCGUUUAUCUGGAAUUAAUUGGUCGACACUUGCAGCUAGCGAUUCCAGGCAACUUCCCACGUGAACGGCUGUUUAGCUCGUACCCAUUCCGGUCCUUCGAGUGGACGCAUUGCGCUGUCGUUUACAACUCAAGCGAGAAACGCAUCCAGCUGCUCGUAAACGGAGCUGUGGUUGAGCAAAUGGCGUAUGAACGUGUGUGCAGCAUUAUAAACUUCCGCGAUUCUCGACUCGGGUGCUGGAUGAGUGAGGUGGACGCACAAGGCGCUGCACUCACGAACAUCUCGGCCCAACGGAAGUUUAAAGGAUCGAUCGCUGAAGUUCGGAUUUGGAGAGUAUCGCGUACUCUUGGAGAGAUCGCACAAGACUUCCAGCGCAGUGUUCCUUUAGUGCGUCCGACGGAGGCCUCCUUGUCCACGUCGCAAGUAUUCUCCAGAGACAUGAUCGGUUUGUGGCAUUUGACAGAAGGAGAAGGAAUCUGCGGCUACGACUGCGCUCCUGAGUUGAAAGCAGCGACGGAAGAUCUUGAAGCAAGAGGGUUCACCUCCACAAUCGCACACUGUCGCUGGGUUCCUUCGAGUAUCCCCGUCUUCGCAAAUGACGCUGUGGACAACAUGUCAUCGAGUGAAUGGAGUCGAGUCGUGGCGUGUCUUUCUUCCUUCCAGCGAACAGUUCGAUCGUGGUAUUCGAGUCAGUUUAACGAGUCCGCGAAGCUCUCGAAGCUGGUCUGUGAACACGACGAACGUGUUGCUAUCCACAAGUGGAGUCAGUUAUCUCGAAGUGAUGGCGAUGACGGUGUGGACUUGUCCGACAGUGAUGACGCGUAUUUGAGUGGCCAAACGGAUGCAACGCAGAGCCAGCUAAUGGAUGCGACUACGAGUAAGCUUCUGGCUCAGUGGAGUUCUUGUACAGACGAGCAGAUGAUUAUUCACAAGCAAACGAGAAGAUGCGCGUGGGUUGUGUUCCGCUUCUUGGCGUCCACAGGAAUCAGCGGUGCGUACGAGAGACGCGAGGGAGAAGCCAAGUCCGUUGCUGCAGUGGCAAAACUCAAGCGGAAGCAGCGACUUCAGAAGACUGGGAGUUCCAGUAAUGUCAUGUCUUCUGUUGGAAGUUCGGACGUGAUACGUGCUUCGAGUUCGGGCUUUACCGAUGACGACGCUGCUGCUCGCACAGCUGAAGCUGCAAGCGACGCAGCCAAGAGUGCAGCGACGAACAGAGAGCUGGAAGAGCCUGUGCUUCAGACGUUGUGGUUCUCCAAAGAAUUCCAUCGAAAAGUGUUCGAAGUUCUCGAGAAGGAGUUGAUCCAAGGCAAAGAGUUAACUGAAGAAGCCGAAGGGCUGACGCGUGCUCAACGGAUGCUUCGUUCCGUGUCUACGCCAGUUCAAAAGCGCGGUGCAAGUCUUCGUCAGUAUCCAAGUGACGUCGCGCAUGGGAAAUCUGGCUUUGUCAACGUCCACCAUGGCCCGAGUGACUUAACAGGAGACAGCGACGUGCUGGAGCCUCUGGAAGUCGAGACGCACUUGUUCGGGGUGUUGUUGUUCUUGCUUUCCCAAAGCCAGCAAUCACCAGCGAUAACGCAUCUGGUGCGUGCUCAUAUGCUUCGAGGGCUGCUGGAAAUGCUCCGUCUAGCGUCUCCUCGUUCGCAGCGCGUCGUCAAGCUUCUUCUGCGCCGAAUCUGCUGCAGUGGCAGUGUCAAACCGUCCGAUGUUGGCGCCAUUCUCGGCUCCGAGUCUGUACUAAUUGACUUGCUACUGGACCAAGUAGCCGAGUCCGUGUGUAGCACAGCUGCACCGAUGGCGACCCAUGCAGUCAGCGUCCCGGCAAGCAGCGCGUUGGUCGGAACGGACAGCUUCAUGGCGUCCACCGAGUCGUUAAGCAACCCGAUCGGGUUCCAUUCUGGUCAGAUCUCGCUAGUCGUGGCGUCAGAAAGUGUGGCGUUAUUACGACGACUAUUGAUGGAGAAACAAUGGCAGCAUGGCGUUGCAGAGAACUUGUGCAACGCAAUUCGCAACAUCACGCCGAUUCUGGCUAGGAAGAAAUCCGGCCCACCAGUUGACGCGAGAGCAAGCGCAGACCCGUCGGAUAUUCGCCUGAGAGCUGCAAUUAGCCGAGCGGUGGGCGCUCUUUGCGUCCUUGGCUCCCACUCGGACUGCAUUCGAAUUGGUGGGAAAGUGGCUGUCGCUGCUCAAGGAGCCAAUGGAAACGGGGCGGAUUUAAGUGCGGAUGGCAGUGCGCAGUUGGUGAGCGCUACGUUGAUCGAGAUGAGCUCGCAUGCCUCGACAGUCCGCGUCGCGUUCCACCCCACCACGUCAGGAGUGGACUUUGAUCCUGGCCACAACGUUCAAGACGUCGAGUUGUCGUCGUUGUCGCCGACCGAAGAGAUCUGCUUGCCUCCCACGGCAGCUCCACUUACGCUCGACAUGAUGCCGGUGAUUCUACAGCUCGCAUCCUUGGACGAGACGAGUGUCUUGACUGACUUCGACAGCUUAUGGAGACUGCAGAUCCGGUCGCGUGCGCUGUUGGCUCUGGAAGCUCUGCUGCGUAACUCGCUGGAUGUGACCAAGAGCUUCGUGCACGACACGUUGGCGCAGAAUCUUCUUCGGUCUGCAUUGACUCCGAUCAGUCUCAACAGCUUUGUGAGUUUGCCUUUGCUACAGGAGAGAGGUCGGAUGAUUCUGUGUCGAUUGAUCGAGUCUUCUACGCCACUUGGAGGCGCCAUGUUUCACGGCCUAAAGGAGCCGACAGCGCCGGCAUUUGCAGCCUCCGAGUCGACCACUAUCGCUGGAGUGGAAGCUAAUGACGAUCCCGCGGAAGAAGAAACAGAAGCUCAUCGUGUUCGCAGAGGGUUCGCGUCCACUUUGGCUGCUAUGGGCUUUGAGUUUGAGUUGUGCAUGGCAGCGUUGGAACACUCUCGGGACGACCCGAACUUGGCGGUGGAAUGGCUCAUGGGCGACGGAGCAGCCACGUACCAGGAGCGGCAAGAAGCGCAGCGUCUAGCGCAGGCUAGUAUUGCGGCGCACGAGUUAGCGGAAGGCGAAGGAGGGCCGGGGCUUACACUUGAAGUGAAGGCGGCAGAGCUUCAGAAUAUCUCUGGGAUGCCAUACUGUCUUGCCUUUUGUGCACUGGAGCUGUCGAAUAGUGACCCGAACCGCGCCAUGGAGUGGCUGAUGGAGCACGGCAGCAAUUACGCUGAGAAAUUCGACUCGCUUGACCUGCUGACGGACUCUUUCUCGGCUGCUAGGACGGUUGUCCUGGAAGACCGCGCUGCUAUGGAAGAAAUCGACCAACCCGACCCACUGGUGAUUACUUCUGGUCGUCAGGACGCCAUCGCGGCGGAGUUUUUGGGCUCCGCUGCAUCCACGAGAAACGCCGAGUUGGCUUACGCUCCCAAUGUCGACGCGAUGGCUGUGACGCUCGCUCCGAUCUUGGCUCCCGGGCCAGUCAAGCUCAGCUCUACUACAGCAGCACGUGACGCGAGUUUGACUGCGUUCUCGCCACUGGAUCCCGAGUAUUUGACCCCGAACGUUCUUCUCACGGUGGCCAGCGACGUUGGACCUGUCCAGCGACUAGCAACUAGCGGUCGAACUGGAAUUUACCGACGCUAUUCCCCCGACGACGGCGUGCUGAUCACGUUUCUGAACACUGAGUCUGGCGCGUAUGAAGACGAGUGGCAUUUCCCACGCGACUUGCGCCGUAUCGUGAGGAUCUACGAUGAGCCACUGGAGAGUGUAGAGAGCAUUCAUCGCGUCGCACUGAGGACGGAAAACGCGCUCUCCACGUACUAUGCCAGGCGCGCCGUCACAGCGCUACUCUGCGCUUUUAACUCGGUUGGAACCUCCACAUCCGACGUGCCAGCAGGGCAAGAUCUCGAAGAUAAGCCGCCGGUAGUGCCCUCCACGUUUUCAAGCGACAUUCUAAAUGUGGUUGGAGGUCCGCGCCAGUUUGUUAGCCUGUUGAAGAUGGUGGCAGCAUCGGAGAUGAAUGCUGCCCAGCACACGGAGGUGGAACCGAAGACUGCGAGGACUUCAGCGAGUGGGAGUGAUAAGGCUGACUCCAGCGAACAACCUCUGUCUUUAUUGACGAGUCUGCAGACGAUUACGUUGCGAAUGCUCCGGGAGGAAGCACGCGCUGACAAGUCUGACGAGAAGAGCGACGAAUCUGUCCGACACAUGAGAAGAACUCGUCAGCCUUCAGAUACCGAAGCGCAAGAGGUCGCAAGUGCGUAUCUGGGUGGUGGGAUGGAUGACCACGACGGCUUGCUGUCCAGUGUGCUAGUCAAGGAAUGCGUCAGUCACUUUGUGGAGUCUACACGGAUGGCAGGAGACGGCGCCGAGACGUCAGCAGUGCAGGAGUUCCAGUCGUUGCACUCGUACUUUGGUCGAUGCGAAUACGCUCGCGCUGUCAGCAUCGACAGUUCGUAUCGCUGCUUACGUAUCGUGUUCGACCAUCGCUGCCACUUGGGAGCGAAAGCCAAGCUGACAUUCUUUGCGGACCCGGAAUGCGAAGAUCGUAUCGGUGUCGUGGACAACGCGAUGACGACGUCGGGUCACCUACUUCCGGACCUUAUCAUCCAUUCGCACCAGUUCUGGUUCCGCUUCUCGGCAUCCGAAGAGAACGCCACGCAGGAUCAUGGCUACGGAUAUCGCUUCCAAGUCAAGCCGAUGGCGAAUAUCCGCUGGACGAAAGAGACCGAGGUGUUGGCGAGUCCUUCGUUGGAGUGGGCGUGCUGGAUAUUGGAGUUGUUACUUAACGAUGCGAUCGAGCUCGUCGCUCAUGGAGCUGUGCAUAACCGCCGAGUCUACGGCGCACUUGUGCGUUAUCUGCGCUCACCUGGAGCUCCAUUUAAAGGGCGAGUGGUGCGCUUACUACAGCAAUUACUGCACAAUCCCGAGCUGUUCCCAGCAGACGAAGUUCCAGAACUGAAUGCGUUGGAAUCGAUCUCUCGACUGGCUUUGACGCGUGCAGAAGUUGAUCGAGCGAGUGGCAAGGUGUUCCUCUCCGCUCACAUGUUGCAGCUGGUGGAGCUUUCUAUGAUGAUAUCGUCAGCGUCGACGAUCUUCAAGUGCAAGCUUGAUGGGGCAAGUGCUGCGUCUCCGAUUCUAACAACCCCGUUCGAUUUGCCAGUACCUUUCGAGCGGAAACGUGUGCGUGACAGUCUCAACGACGUGGCAGAGCUCACGAGAUUCUUGCUGGGCCAAACCGCACGUCUUCCUCAACAUAUAUUGGUUGCUAUCUGGCUGGAAGUCUACGGAUCGUCGGCAGUCAUCGAGACUUCGCAUCCGUAUGCUGCUGGGACGCCGUUAAGUGGCCUCGUGGCGUUUGAAGGCGCGCAAGCUCUUCGGUUAACGUUCGACUCUCGCUGUUCUCUCGCUCCCGGUCAAGGACAAGCAAUGUCGCGACUGGAACUCGCUUCGUUUACGCUGAUCCCCCGAGAAGAUGGUGGCGAACCUUCAAAGGAAAUCCGUAGUAACCGGACUUAUGCGGGGGAGAGUGGCUGGCCCGAAGGCCCCAUCGCUCAUGACGGCAACAACCUCGAGUACACGUUCUCUGCGGACGAAAAUGCAGGCGAUUACUUCGGCUUUGCAGCAACGAUAAGUGCUCUCGGUAUCCCCAAGGAGAAGCAGAUAGCGCGCGCGACAGUACAAGACAUGGAUCUUCUUCUUGAGAAGCUGGUCUCGAUGCAAGCUAACCGUGAUGACGGGCAGGGCUGGACUCAAGACAUGGACUUGCAGCUUGUGGACUGGGUGAACAAUCACGUGGAACCUAGCGCGUCGCUGUCAUCGACCACGCCAGCAACUACGAGGCAUUCAGUCGACCUACAACCAGCAGAUAUCAAGCUGGACAAAACGCUAGACGGCCUGAGAUGCUCACAGCUACUGACCCUGUCACUGGAGUCACUGCAGCUUCGGUUUGCGUUGCUCAAGUACCUGAACUUGAGUCUCCAUCACUGCUUACCGCUGCUGGACCUGCGCGAUACAAAGUCCGCCUGGACGAUCGCAUACCGACUGCGGCAACUGAGUCACUGCGUCUUCUUCGACGUCAAAGGUGCGCUCGUGGAGGCUGCAGUGGAGGCCACGAACGUCCCAGGAGAGACUUCUGGCAGCUCGCAACAGACGGCACGUAUCACUUUGGACCGGAUGCAGGCGCUGGAGUCACGAGAUGACCGCGAGGUGGAGCCGUCUGUGUCCGAGUGUUUCUUCGCACAGGCGUUCCGUCAACUACACGCCGUGGACCCAGCACUACUGAGACGUCAAAUCGACAGCAAAGGUCGCUUGUUCAGCGUCAAGUUCCGUGGCGAAGAAGGCGUGGACUGGGGUGGAGUGUACCGCGAAGGAGCCACGUCCAUGGUGGACGACUUGUUCUCUCCAUACUUCAGCUUGUUCGUCUUGUGUCCUAACGGUCAGCACGACACUGGCAACAACCGGGGAAUGUAUCUGCCCAACCCGAAGUGCACGUCUCCAGUGGCCAUGCAGAUGUUCGCGUUUGUAGGCCAACUACUCGGCAUCUCGCUGCGUACUCACGGCGACUUCCCCUUCAUGUUGCCGUCUCUGGUGUGGAAGCAAUUACUGGGCCAGACACUCACGCGCGCUGAUCUCGAGGACACGGACGCCAUGUUCAUCCAGAUGCUGGACGGGAUCGCCAACUGCGAGAACGAUGGCAUCUCAACCGAAGACGAGUUCGCCACGGCUUUCGCUGGUCUCGAGCUGCGCUUCACGGCCUCGUCGUGCACUGGAGAGGAGAUUGAGCUGGUCCUAGGCGGUCGCCAGCUCACCGUCGAGUUCCACAACCGCUUGGAGUAUUGUCGACUAGCAGAACGGGCGCGUUUAGACGAAUGUAGUGCACAGGUGACUGCGAUGGCUCGAGGGUUCGCCACGCUCUUCCCUCGACGUGUGUUGACUCUAUUGACAUGGCAGGAGCUCGAGAUCCUCGCGUGUGGCUCGCCGAAGAUCGACUUGGAUCUCUGGAAACGCCACACACGCUACGAUGGCUACGCUGAGGACGAUCUGACGGUGCAGCUCUUCUGGGAGGCGCUGGCUGAGUUCUCAGACGAGCAACGGGCUGACUUUGUUCGCUUCGCAUGGGGUCGCAGUCGUCUACCGCGUGGCAAGUGGCCGCAGCCGUUCAAAUUGUCCAAGAAAGGAGGACGCGAUGCCACACGUAGUCUACCCGUGGCCCACACGUGCUUCUUCUCGGUCGAACUACCGCCCUACACGUCACUGGAAAUUAUGCGCUCCAUGCUGCUUGCUACCAUCACAUUCGGUCUUGGUGGCAUCCUCAUGGCUUGA